AUGUUCAUCAGUCUAAGGCCAGUAUUGGCAUCCAAACAAGUACUAGCGUCACUUUGUCUUCAUCAUGCAAGAGGAUUUGUUAGGAAAAAUACAACUGUUGCAUCAUCUGUUCCUCAAUGGCCAGAACUUUCGGAAUCAGAUUUUGUACAGGAUUCUAACGGAAGCAGAACAACGCAACCCGAUUACAUUAAAUUGAUUUUAACCUCGAGAGUAUACGAUAUUGUCCUGGACGCCGGUACACCGUUAUCACACGCAAUCAAUUUAUCAAGAAAGUGUGGCUCAAAUGUAUACCUCAAACGUGAGGAUUUGUUGCCCGUCUUCUCCUUCAAGUUGAGAGGUGCAUAUAACAUGAUUGCUCACUUGCAUGCUAACGCUAAACAGCCAAUGUCUGGUGUUAUUGCAUGCUCUGCUGGUAACCACGCGCAGGGUGUUGCAUAUUCUGCCAACAAAUUAAAGAUACCUGCAACAAUUGUAAUGCCCACUCCGACCCCUUCAAUCAAAUACAGCAACGUGUCAAGGUUGGGUUCUCAAGUUGUUUUAUAUGGUGACGAUUUUGAUUCUGCCAAGCAAGAAUGCGCCAGAUUAAGUAAGGAGAAUAGCUUGGUCAAUAUUCCUCCAUUCAACCAUCCUUAUGUCAUCGCAGGUCAAGGUACAGUUGCGUUGGAAAUUACGAGACAGUUGAGACUAGACAAACUAGACGCCAUAUUUGUUCCAGUUGGAGGUGGUGGAUUGAUAGCAGGAGUAGCUGUGUACUUGAAGCACAUAGCUCCUCACGUGAAAAUUAUCGGUGUUGAAACGUAUGACGCCGACGCAUUAUACCAAUCGUUGAAAAACAAGGAGCUGACACAUUUGGAUAAAGUUGGACAAUUUGCCGAUGGAACAGCCGUCAAAGUUUUAGGAGAUGAGACUUGGAGAUUAUGUAAAGAUUUGGUUGACGAGGUUGUAUUAGUAAAUACUGACGAAAUCUGUGCUGCAAUUAAGGACAUUUUUGAGGACACGAGAUCCAUCACCGAACCUUCCGGUGCUUUAUCUGUUGCUGGAUUGAAGAAAUAUAUUGAAAAUCACCCAGAGAUUGAACACAAGAGCAAAACAUAUGUUCCUAUCUUGUCGGGGGCCAAUAUGAACUUUGACAGGUUAAGAUUUGUAAGCGAGAGAGCUGUUUUGGGUGAGGGUAAAGAAGUGUCGUUGGCAGUUACUAUACCAGAGAAGCCAGGCGAGUUUGCAAUUUUGCAACAACUUAUCAAUCCAAGAGCGAUCACUGAAUUCUCAUACAGGUGCAGUGGUCUCGAAAGGGCCAACAUUUUUGUUUCGUUCAACGUUGUUGACAAAAAGGUAGAAAAGCCCUCCGUUAUAGAAGCCAUGACCAAAGCAGGAUUUGAAGUUGUGGACAUUUCCGAUAAUGAAUUGGCUAAAUCACAUGGCCGUUACUUGGUUGGUGGAAAAUCUCACAUUUCAAGAACUGACAACGAAAAAUUGUAUCUGUUUGAGUUCCCAGAGAAGCCAAAUGCGUUGUUUAACUUCUUGCAAGCAUUAAAGAGUGAUUGGGACAUUAGUUUAUUCAACUAUAGAAACCACGGUCACGACGUUGGUAAAGUCCUAUGUGGAUUUAUUUUACCCGAAGGUUCAGAAACAGAAUUCCAGGAAUUUUUGAAAAAGAUUGGCUACACAUUUGUUGAUGAGUCAGAUAACAUAUUUUACAAGAAAUUCUUGAAAAACUAA